AUGAGCUCAACUAAUGGAACGUUGGUGGUGGGAGUAGACGUCGGAGGCACCAACACCGACAGUGUCUUACUGGAUGUUUCCAAGGCCAGCACGGAGGCUGUUGUCGCAUCUCAUAAAGCUCCCACAACGUCCAAUGUGACUCUCUCCGUCCAAGCCACUCUGAAAGCUCUCUUGGACAAGUCAACUGUUAACCCGGCCAACAUCACCGCUCUUGCAAUCGGUACGACGCAUUUCUUAAAUGCCAUUAUCGAAAGAGACACUUCACGCGUGGAGAAAAUUGCAGUCCUUCGCCUGGCUUCUCACAACUUUUCCACCGGAACACCACCAUUCGCAGACUGGCCAAAAGCCUUGAAACGCAUCAUCAAUGGCCACUCGGCGAUUAUUCCAGGCGGCUGCAAUAUCGAUGGCACCCUUAUCGGACCGAUCGACCCCGCCGUUGUCCGAGAGCAAGCGGCGAUUAUCAAGUCCAAGGGCUUAAAGAACGUUGCUGUUAUCGGCAUCGGAUGUUCCACUGAUAAAGACUACCACCAAGAGGACGAAGUUUCCAAGAUCCUUCGCAGUGAGCUAGGCGAAGAUGUUAAUAUUAUUUUGUCUCACAACAUCGCCGGACCUGGCCUGCUCGCUCGUGAGAAUGCCACGAUCCUCAACGCCUCCAUCCUCAACUUUGCUCAACGCACGAUUAGAGCCUUCAUCGGCGCCAUGCGGCGGAUUGGCCUUCAGUGCCCGUUGUACUUGACAUCCAACUCUGGCCAUCUUUUGCCGUUUUCUGAGGCGAUGCAAGCUCCUAUCAAAAUCUUCUCAUCCGGAGCUACAAACUCUAUUCGCGGUGCCGCCUUCCUCGCGAUGAACGCAAUUGACCAGUCUGGUAGUAUCGUGGUUGACAUCGGUGGCACUACAUCAGACGUGGGCUACCUGUUGAAGAAUGGAUAUCCACGACUGUCGAAGAGCUACACCGCCCUGGCUGGCGUGAAGGUCAACUUGGAGAUGCCGUCUGUCGAGAGUAUCGGCCUGGGCGGAGGCUCAAUAUUGCACACCAACGAAGAUGGCUCCGUUGCCGUAGGGCCAGACAGCGUUGGCCAUGAUCUCGUUUCCAAAUCUUUGUGCUUUGGUGGUGACGUGGCUACCGCGACCGACAUUGCAGUCGCAUCAGGUGCAAAGAUUGGGAACACCCCCGUGUCGUUGUCAAGUGAUUCUCUUGAGAAGGGCAAAGCGCGGAUCAGAAAGAUGCUGGAAGCCGUCAUUGACCGCGCAAAGCUCUCACCUGAGCCUUGCACGGUCAUCCUCGUAGGCGGAGGCUCGAUUCUUUGCCCAUCCGAGCUUACGGGUGUCAGCAAGGUGGUGCUACCAGAACACGCCGGCGUUGCUAACGCGAUUGGUGCUGCCAUUGCGAAGAUCUAUGGCUCGGCUGAGACUAUAAUCCACGGAUCGGAUAUCCAGGGCGGUAUCGCAGACGUGAAAGCCAAGGCCAUUGCGAACGCCGUGGCCAAAGGCGGAGACUCUAGUUCCGUCACCGUCCUCCACGAGGAAGUUGCCGGAGUACCGUACGUGGAAAACCAGACUUCUAUCAAGAUCGAGGUGGCCCUACCCGCAGAUCACAAUCGGGUGUACUCGGAAAUGACCAAAACGGCUGCUCCAGAUCAGUUGGUCAACGAAGAGAUGUUUGAAGAAAUCAAGAAACAUGAAGCGGCAGACGUUAAUGACGAAGACGAUGACGAGGGUGUCGAUCUGAAAAACUACCGCCCUCAGAUUGAAGCUAAUGGUCUCUGGACUCUCUCCGAGACCGAUCUUCGGUUCUUGUCUAUUGGAUGCUAUAUACUAGGCUGUGGCGGUGGCGGUUCCCCAUACGCACCCUACCUUCAAUUGAAGCAGCUAUUGACGGAAGGGGAGACGAUGAAGAUUAUCCGCAUUGAGGACUUGAAAGACGACGAGAUGAUGCCACCAGUUGCUAGUGUCGGUACGCCUGCAGUUAGCAUCGAGCGUCCUGGAGGAGACGGUGUCUGGCACGCCAUGCAGGAGAUGGAAAAGGAGAUGAAGACCAAGUUCGAGAGACUGAUCGCCACAGAAAUCGGUGGAGCCAACGGUGUUGCUACGUUGAUUUGGGGAAGCUCACGAUACUACGAUAUUCCGACCGUCGACGGUGACAUGAUGGGCCGUGCUUAUCCUCAAUUCGAAAUGGUUUCGCAGUACAUCCACGCCAAGUCUAUUAACGAGCUUCUUCCCGUAACGCUGUGCAGCGGAACUGGUCACAACGUGGUAAUCCCGGCUACGCAGACGGAUGAGACCUCGGCAGGUAUUGCUAUCCGCGACGCUUGCGUUGCCAUGGGGUCGGCUGCUGGUGCUGCUGGCCGUCCCAUCCCUGGAAAACUCAUGCGUGAAGUUGGAAUUCCCAACACUUACUCCCUGGCCUGGCGUCUUGGACGUGUCGUCGCGUUGGCACAGCAAGCCGGUACCGUUUCGACGGUAACUAGAGACCUGAUUGAGGCUGCUGGCGGGCCAGGAGGCGCAAAGGUGCUGUUCCAGGGCAAGAUCCGCAGCGUCGAGAGUACCUUGACAACGACAGCGCACAGCUUGGGCAAGGUUACUGUUGAGAGACUUAGUGAGAGCGAGAUGGAGACGGACAUUGAUAGAGUUGGCGAGGGACUGAAGGAGGUUGUCGUUCCGUUUAUGAACGAGAACUUGGGCGUUUUGGGCAAGCUUGAAGAUGGAACGGAGAAGGUCCUUGCUACAGUUCCAGACCUCAUUUUCCUCCUCGACACGUCCACCGGAGAGGCUGUUGGCGUCCAGGAGUACAGGUACGGACUGAAGGUGGCCGUUAUGAUCAUGGCUGGACACCCGCUCUGGGCAACAGAGAGGGCACUUGAAAUCGCUGGUCCCAAGGUUUUUGGGUUGCCGCACGAUUAUAGCUCGGAGCUGCGUUACACGAAGCCUGUCAGUGUCAUCGACGAGUUCCGACAAAGCGCAUAA